GGGAGGCGGGCGGGCUAGACUGACACACGAGAGGGCUGGCUUUUUGGACGGCUCUUAGCAACGGCCCUGGUUUGACCCUCCUCAGCUAUGAGAAAAUAGAAUCAGUGUAUCAUUCUUCCAGGCGCGAUGCAGCAUCCGCAGCUCUACGUCAAGGGGGCCUUCCUCCCGGCCUGUUAAUUACCUGCUCUUUCCCAUCUCAGGGUUCCUGCCUUUGCAAAGUGCUCCUGGGAGGAGGGAAGAAACGACCACCACCCAGCCCCCUUGCUGCCUGGGGGCUUCAGGCUUGAUUAGAUGGCUAACAGGGGCCCGAGCUACGGCUUAAGCCGAGAGGUGCAGGAGAAGAUCGAGCAGAAGUACGACGCGGACCUGGAGAACAAGCUGGUGGACUGGAUCAUCCUGCAGUGCGCCGAGGACAUUGAGCACCCGCCCCCUGGCAGGGCCCAUUUUCAGAAAUGGCUAAUGGACGGGACGGUCUUGUGCAAGCUGAUAAACAGUUUAUACCCACCAGGACAAGAGCCCAUUCCCAAGAUCUCAGAGUCAAAGAUGGCUUUUAAGCAGAUGGAGCAAAUCUCCCAGUUCCUAAAAGCUGCAGAGAUCUAUGGCGUCAGGACCACUGACAUUUUUCAGACCGUGGACCUUUGGGAAGGGAAGGACAUGGCGGCCGUGCAGAGGACCCUGAUGGCUCUAGGCAGCGUUGCGGUCACCAGGGAUGAUGGCUGCUACCGGGGAGAGCCGUCCUGGUUUCACAGGAAAGCCCAGCAGAAUCGGAGAGGAUUUUCAGAGGAGCAGCUUCGCCAGGGACAGAACGUAAUAGGCCUGCAGAUGGGCAGCAACAAGGGGGCCUCCCAGGCAGGCAUGACCGGAUACGGGAUGCCCAGGCAAAUCAUGUAAGACGCUGCCUCCCGCGACCCAGUAGAGAGGACGAACGUGCCACACCAUGGUCUCUAUGAUAACGAAAUAGUUAGUCACCUUCUGACCUUCUCUUCUCAAAGCCUCCUGUCCCUGGUUUUUGCAAGUGCUGCACUUCUGCCGCGAAUCCACGUUGCCUACGGCUGCCACCUUCUGUUCAUUUGGAACUAUGCAAAGACUCCGCUUCCUUCCUCUACCUGAGCUCCUUCUUUGCCCUAAAAGCCUUCAUUUACCUGAUUAUUUAUUUAUUUAUUUAUUUGCCAAAAAUUUCCCUCCUCAACGUAUAGAACGUACCUAAUAAACAAAUUAGUCUUGUGUC